AUACACCUCACAUGGUCAAUGGCGAAGUGUGGUCGUUGGCAUUUCACCACAUAAGAAAACAAAAAGGAAGCGUAAAAUUGAAUCAAUUGGACAUCAGAAAGGAAAAAUCGUGAAUCAGGGAGUCCUAAAUAAUUUUCUGGUAUUCUUUGACUGCUUUUUAAGCAGGCGGGUUACGAUUUAUUCCCGCCAUACGGUAAAUUGUUAAUCUUAGUCGAGUGUCACAAACAUGGCAUCGAAUGGUGUAGACGGAGAAAGCAGUGCUGAUCGAAAUGUAGAGAUAUGGAAGAUCAAGAAGCUUAUCAAAAGCUUGGAAGCUGCAAGAGGAAAUGGUACGAGCAUGAUUUCAUUAAUCAUUCCACCAAAGGAUCAAAUCUCCAGAAUUGCCAAAAUGUUGGCUGAUGAAUUUGGAACAGCAUCCAAUAUCAAGAGUAGAGUAAACCGCUUGUCUGUUCUGGGAGCCAUUACAUCUGUACAACAGAGGUUGAAGCUCUACAACAAAGUUCCACCCAAUGGAUUAGUGAUAUACUGUGGUACCAUUGUCACAGAUGAAGGCAAGGAGAAGAAAGUGAACAUAGACUUUGAACCUUUCCGGCCCAUUAAUACAUCCCUGUAUCUAUGUGAUAACAAAUUCCACACAGAGGCAUUGACAGCAUUGUUAGCGGAUGACAACAAAUUUGGUUUUAUUGUGAUGGACGGUAAUGGAGCAUUGUUUGGAACUUUAUCAGGAAACACGAGAGAAGUCCUACACAAAUUCACAGUUGAUUUACCCAAGAAACACGGUAGAGGAGGUCAGUCUGCACUGCGUUUUGCCCGUUUACGUAUGGAGAAACGUCACAACUAUGUCAGGAAAGUUGCAGAAGUUGCUGUACAGCUGUUCAUUACCAACGACAAGCCAAACAUUGCUGGGCUAGUAUUAGCCGGAUCAGCCGAUUUCAAAACGGAACUCAGUCAAUCAGACAUGUUUGAUCCAAGAUUACAAGCCAAGAUCAUCAAAAUUGUUGAUGUAUCUUAUGGAGGAGAAAACGGUUUCAACCAGGCCAUUGAACUAGCGACAGAUUCUCUCGCAAAUGUGAAAUUCAUACAAGAAAAGAAACUCAUAGGUCGUUACUUUGACGAGAUCUCACAAGACACAGGGAAAUAUUGUUUUGGUGUGGACGAUACUUUGAAGGCAUUAGAAAUGGGAGCCGUGGACAUUCUAAUCGUCUGGGAGAAUUUAGACGUCACAAGAUACGUGCUGAAGAAUCAUGCUACAGAUGUGGAGAAUAUUCUUUUCCUUCGGCCUGAGCAAGAAAAAGACAAAACCCACUUUAUAGAUAAAGAUACUGGUGUAGAAUUAGAAUUGGCAGAGCAGAUGCCCUUAUUAGAGUGGUUCGCUAAUAACUACAAGAAUUUUGGUGCCACCCUAGAAAUCAUCACAGACAAGUCACAAGAAGGUGCCCAGUUUGUACGAGGAUUUGGUGGAAUUGGAGGAAUAUUACGGUAUCAGAUAGACUUUCAAGUGUUAUCAGGGCAGGUGCUGGAUGACCUGGAUGAUGAUUUUGAUCUAGAUGACUACUGAAGGAUUAGUCCAUUCUCUUCAAAGGAACCAAAUUUCACAACUGACCGACCUUGCACUCCCGCGGUGCAGGAUGGGAUAUCGAUCGUGGUUCAGUGAACGUAACAUUACUGGCCUCAAUUGGAUGUCAUAUUGGGACACUGCCUCUUGCUGACGAAAAAUGCUUCAGAAUUUUCCAGCUAUAAAUUUAAUGUAUUUAUUAUUUCAGGUCUUCUUUGUUAUUAUUACCUAGAUUUAAAAAAAAAUGAUGAUGCAAGUCAUGUUUCAUGCUCAUGUACAGUAAAUGCAACUUUCACUGACCAGUGGCUAAGUGUAUUGUAUUAUUUUUAUUUUUACCAAUAUUUAAGUUGUAUGUUGAAUUUAUGUUCAUGUACAUGUAUGUUGAUUUUGCAAAAUAUUUAUGGUCUAGACGAUGAUGUUAAAAUGUUAGGAUGUAUCUAAAAGGGUCUAUUGAAGAGAAACACAUGCAAGUUGAUGACAACAGUACUCAAUUUGCUAAGUUUUUAUUCUUUUCCAAAAUUUUUUUCCUAGUAAUAUUAUUUUCAAUGAUAAGUCUCAGUCCUAUUCUAAAAGUGCACAGUGUAGUUUAAAAUUAUGUAUCUGAUGCAAUAUUUUCAUGCUGGCAUUUAUAUAUCCAAGCUGGCUUCAUUGAUUUUAAAGCACAUUCAGUACAUGUAACUAUCCUUAGGAAAAGUAAAAUAUUAAGUAAUUCUUAUCAUAAAAUAGAACAAUAAGAAAUGGAUGUUUUCUAUAAUUUUCUUGUUUGUUCAGUUGUAAUUUAUGAUUUUGUUUUAUUUAAAGUUGAAAAUAAAAGGUGUUUAUAUUAGCACUGGCCUUGUGAAAGCAUAUCUAUGUUCUUGAUCUGAUGUUAUUACAUGAAUGAAUGGAGAUUGGUGUAUUUGUCUGUCAUAAUGUGUGCUUCAUUCCAUAUGAUGGACCUGUGUUAUGAUGGUGACAUUUUAAGAGGAAUCUGAAAUUUGAUGAUGCAGUGUGCUUAUAUGUACACUCUAUCCACAUGAAUUACUAUUUAC